AACGUGUUAUGGCCGGCCCCAGCGGUGACUUCAUUGAGGGCUGCCCGGUCGCAAGAUGGCGGCAUCUGCAUCAUGGGACCGUUCCUUGCGCAGAACAGCCAGGACAUGUGGGUCGGGUUGAGGAUGAGAAGCCGCCCGGUCCGUAAGUCCUCCUGUACUGAGAGGCCCUGAUCCGCAGGCGUGUCUGAUAGGGAGGACUGGGAGGGUGACAGGCAGCCCCUCCCCCAUUACCCGAGGGCUGCCGAUCCGCCUAUUGUUAGAUGUACGUGUUGCUGACAGCCCGAGACCUCUCUGCCCCUCGCCCUGUGUGACUGCCGAGACUCCGUCCGGAGUGUGAGGAGCCCCCUCUUACAUUGGAAACCUCCAGCAUUACUACAGAGGACCCCGUUUGGUGAAUAACGGGCCAACACCCCAUCCCUGAAACUCUACCGCUGUUAAUUCUUCCUAGGCGGACCCAGGACAUCAUCAAAAUACCUUCUCUGAGUAGUCUGGUCCUGCUUCCCACUUCAGAGAGCAGGCUGGGACAGCCACCAUCCAGAAAAGCCCCUGACCCCACAUCAAAAAUAAAUCUAGAGACCUUGGCAGCGGUGGGGGCCAGAGAAGCAAGUAUCAGUCACUGGAUACUGGGGACCCCCGGAUAGCGCAGGCCGACGUCUUGGGGCCCCUGCGGCCCUUGGCUCUGGUCAUGGCAAAGUGGUUUAAGGAACUCCCUUUGACACUGAAGAAUGUUUCAGACAGAGCUAAGCCUGGGUUCCCGGGGGCCAAAACGCUGCCUAAAGUCGGGGCCUCCCGCAAAAACUCUUGCACGGAUUCGGCGGCGCCCCAAGGCUCGUCUGUUAAGAAUCGCAAGAACUCGUCAUCCGAGGGGCAGGGAAAGGGAGUUAAGGAUAGCCGGUUGUCCAGGGAGGGCCUGCAAAGUCUUCUAGCUGGCAAGAGCAGAAAAAAUUCCAGAGAUGAAAUUGGUGCUCUCCGGGCCCCUAAGGGACACAGCACAUACAUUAACCGCCUCAUCAAGGUGGAUCCCAACCUGCAGGAGAAGAACGGAAGAAAUUUCCAGGAGGCCGAUGAACCGGGACAAGAGAAGGAGAAAGGGGUGAAGGAGGAAACGAUCAUCAUCCUGGAGGAUUACGCUGACCCUUACGAUGCCACACGCACCAAAGGACAGCGCGACCUGGAGAGAGUCGGCGAGAACGACGGGUACAUGGAGCCAUAUGAUGCCCAGCAGAUGAUAACUGAGAUCCGGCGCAGGGGCUCCAAAGAUCAACUGAUCACAGAGCUUCUCCUGCUGGAACUGGGCUCGCCGUGCGAGGUGAAGAUGGAGGCCAAGAGGCAGGGCUCCCUGGAGCUCUUGGGAAAGCCGCCACAGCUGUAUGACACGCCCUACGAGCCCCCCAAGACAGACCUAGAGGGAGAGGGGCAAGAGAAGAAGCAGCGGGUAUCAGAUGGGACUCGGCCGGAGAAUGACGAGAGACCAGCGGAGGAGUACGAGCAGCCGUGGGAGUGGAAAAAGGAGCAUAUUGUGAGAGCGCUCUCAGUCCAGUUUGAAAGCAGCGACCGGUCCCCGGUGAAAGAGGAGGUCGUCCGACUGCACCAGCGCCAGAAAAGUUGGACAGCGAAGGUCUUGAAGCAGCCCCAGGCCGAGCACAGUGACAGAGUGGACCCAACCGUCCCCCUGGAGAAGCAGAGUUGGUACCACGGAGCCGUAACACGCGCCGAGGCGGAGAGCAGGCUGCAGUCCUGUCGCGAGGCGAGCUACCUACUGCGGAACAGCGAGUCCGGGAACAGCAAAUACUCCAUUGCCCUGAAGACCAGCCAGGGCUGCGUCCAUAUUAUCGUGGCCCAAACAAAAGACAACAAGUUCACUUUGAAUCAGACAGGCGGCGUCUUCUGCAGCAUCCCAGAGGUGGUCCAUUACUACUCCAGCCAAAAGCUGCCCUUCAAGGGUGCGGAGCACAUGAGCCUGUUGUACCCCGUACCCAGGAUCCACUGACUUCUGCUGACCCCAUCCUUCUUGGCAUCCCUCUGCGCACUUGUGGCCGUCUCUCUCCUGGCAGUGCUCUCCCAGCUUCUCCACCACCGGCCCCAUCUGCCUGGGAUAGGCAGCUGGCUAAGCUCUACUCCUGGAUGUUUGUACUAAUGACUGACCCGUCCUAACCAAUAGGAAAUUGCCGCAACGCAGGAGGAGAUACUCAGGCACCACUAGAGUCUUAGGACAUCCUUACAAGACACAAUGUCCCCCCAAAUAACAAAAAAAGUGACAAUAGAAAGUGACAGAAAGUUCAGGUGAUGCAGCUGCUGUGUGUAGACAUCUAUUAGACAUCCGCAGGUGAUGCAGCUGCUGUGUGCAGACAUCUAUUAGACAUCCGCAGGUGAUGCAGCUGCUGUGUGUAGACAUCUAUUAGACAUCCGCAGGUGAUGCAGCUGCUGUGUGUAGACAUCUAUUAGACAUCCGCAGGUGAUGCAGCUGCUGUGUGUAGACAUCUAUUAGACAUCCGCAGGUGAUGCAGCUGCUGUGUGCAGACAUCUAUUAGACAUCCGCAGGUGAUGCAGCUGCUGUGUGUAGACAUCUAUUAGACAUCCGCAGGUGAUGCAGCUGAUGUGUGCAGACAUCUAUUAGACAUCCGCAGGUGAUGCAGCUGCUGUGUGUAGACAUCUAUUAGACAUCCGCAGGUGAUGCAGCUGCUGUGUGCAGACAUCUAUUAGACAUCCGCAGGUGAUGCAGCUGCUGUGUGUAGACAUCUAUUAGACAUCC